ACGGCCAUUACCUCGUUGAUCAGAAAGGCAACACGGCGUUCAUCAACCACGGGACGCACCAGCUUCGGCGGAAGCGGGAACGAUGGAGAUUCGGUUUACUCGCGUAACAGCUCAAUGUUCCAACGAGGAGCAUUACCUCGCACACUUGUGCAUAAAGCUUCAACUGGUUCAGUGGGAACUAGUACAUCAGCCGGAGUUGGGACCUCCGGAGGUGCUUAUGAUGUGAGGUCUAUCGCAUCGAGGAGAACCAACCGAAGCGGGCUCGACAAUGCAACAAUACUGUCAAGGACUACGUCGCGGAGCCGACCUCCUUCAUCUUAUCAUCGCCGACAUGCGCCAUCGGAGGGAGGAUGGUCAGACGAGAUAGGUCCCGAUUGGACUGCAGCGGAAUUGAGAGCGGAAAUACUAAGCCUGGAAGAAGAGAGUAGAAGAGUAGCCGAUAUGUUUAAUGGGUUAGAGAUGACAGUCAUGACGAAGCACCGACCUGCCCUGGGAGGGCGACCCGGCCUGGACAGCAAUCCACUGCCAAGUCCAAGGGAUGGCAACCUCGAUAUGAAGCCUUUACCGGACAUCAAACGAGUUGCCGCACAGGAGAAGCAAUCGUCUAGACUUAGCAUUUCCUCCUCAUCAAUGAGAAGCUUUGCGGCGCUACAGAGGAAGGGUUCUCUUAACUUCUUAUCCGGCAGACGCUCUCAGGCUCUGCCGCCUUUACCACCUCUCCCGACGUCAGCUACUUCCCCACUGUCUGCUUCGACGUCAACGUCACCUGCACUCCGAGGAUCGUUAUCGAACGGUUCACUGCAUCCAAUGGUUGCUUCGCAGUCAAAUCGCUCUUCUCCGAAUCUAACAAUGGAUACCAGAGUGGGCUCUACCUCACACGGCAAGUUGUCACGGUCGCGUUCGGGAAAUAUGGGGGCGAUCUACGGAAGAGCCGACCCCAAUGAUGUACUGCAAGGAGAGAUUGAUCCUGAGCAGGUCGCGUUGGACAGCGGUCUCGAUGACAUCAGGAAGAAAAGAUCAAAUGUUGCCCUCCGAUAUGAUAAACGCCUAGAGUAUCUCCGAGCCCGACUGAGGACUGCUGAGCUGCAUGAGCGGCUGCUGAAGUGA